AUGGCACAAGUUGUUGACCAUGAAUCACAGGUCACACAGUACAAGGCCGGAAAGGCUUCCCUAUUCGCUCAGGGAAAGAGACGUUACGACCGCAAGCAGUCUGGUUUCGGUGGUCAAACCAAACCCGUCUUCCACAAGAAAGCCAAGACUACCAAGAAGGUCGUGCUGCGUCUAGAAUGUGUCUCCUGCAAGACCAAGACUCAACUGGCUCUGAAGCGCUGUAAGCACUUCGAGUUGGGUGGCGACAAGAAGACGAAGGGUGCGGCUCUGGUGUUCUAA